GUGACGUAAAAUCUAGUGGACGGGACGGGAGGUUUCUUCAACAACCAUCUCGGUAACUCGUUAGCAAACAUGAAACAUUGAAGCUCUUUGGACUAAUUUAGUGUAUAUUAAUCACAGUGUUUUAAACGCACUGUAUAUGUAUGCACUAGUUACUCCGUUUAAGUUCAUAUUUACGUUAUCAGCUAUCUGGCUUGUUAAGUUAGCCCAGCAGUAGGCUAGUCGCUAAUGCUAAAUAGCCAGCUAGCUCACGUCCCUGAACAUGAGCUCACUAAACUACUCUUCCUCUGCUAAAGAAAACGAGGUUUGCUGGACGGAGAAAGAAACUCCAGGGCUGAACAUUUACGUGAAAGAAGAAGAAUUUACUGUAAAAGAAGAAGAAUUUACUGUAAAAGAAGAGGAUGUGGAGGAAGCUAUCACAGUGAAAGAAGAACAGGACGUUACAGUGAAGGAAGAGGAAGCUUUCAGAGUGAAAGAGGAGGAUGAACAGAAAGAGGAGGGUGCCGUGUUUGAAGUGAAAGAGGAGGAGGAGAUAAAUGUCACAUUGAACAAAGAGGAAGAACUUUUUCAAAUGAAGGAAGAGGGGGAGAUUACUGUCACAUUGGAGGAGGAGGAAGAAGACGAGACUGGAGUUCUGAUGAACACCAGAGAGAGACCAGACUCUCACACUGACAGCGGGAAAAGUCCUUCAGGGGAACCAGACCCAGAGACGUCUAAACCAGCAAGACGACACCACUGCUCCCAGUGUGGAAAGAGUUUUUCUAGGUUAGGAAGCCUGAAAUCACACGAAAGAAUACACACAGGAGAGAAGCCUUACCACUGCACUCAAUGUGGAAAUAGAUUUACCUCUUUAGGGACCCUGAAAGAUCACGUAAGAAAACAUACAGGAGAGAAGCCCCACCAAUGCUCCCAGUGUGAAAAGAGUUUCCCCCGGUUAUGGGACCUGAAAUCACACGAGAGGACACACACAGGAGAGAAGCCUUACCCCUGCUCCCAGUGUGGAAAGAGUUUUUCCACAUCAGGGUCCCUGAAAAACCAUGAGCAAACACAUUCCGUAGAAAAGAUUUUCCGCUGUUCACAUUGUGAAAAGAGUUUUAGGAAUUUACAGUACCUGAAAAGGCACGAGAAAAGACAUACGCGGGAGAAGACGUUUCACUGCUCCCACUGUGGAAUUAAAUUUACCUUGUUUCAGCAACUGAAAAAGCAUGAAAAAAUCCACAGCGGAGAGAAACGUUAUGAAUGCUCCCAGUGUGGGAAGAUAUUUACCCAGUUAGGGCACCUGAAAGACCACGAGGUAACACACACAGGGGAGAAGCCUUACCACUGCUCACAGUGUGGAAAGGAAUACAACACAUCAAAUGGACUUAAAGUUCAUGAGAGAACACACAUACUGCUCCCACACCUGUCUCAUAUUUUUGACUGAGAAAUUGUGCUUUUGUUUAUGCUACAUGAAAUCAAAUCGUAUAAAGCGCAUUCCAAAUUACAUUUGUAUGUUUUUUAUUUAAACACAUGAACUGAACAUGGUGUCUGUCAGUUGGAACGUAGAGUUUGAAUGUAGACCUGAUUUAAACUUUUUUAACCUCUGGCUGCGUAUGUCAGUUUAAAAGUAGAGUUUGAAUGUAGACCUGAUUUAAACUUUUUUAACCUCUGGCUGCGUAUGUCAGUUUAAAAGUAGAGUUUGUCUGUUUGAAUGUAGAUGCUCUGUGAUUAAAUUAUCAUUUUCA